UAAUUACUUAUUAUGACUAUCAUGACUUACACCCGACGGAUUAAUGUGGACGGUACUCACGGUAGGCCUAACCGUACAAAUAUAUUUGUGUAAGAUUGUGUGAUGGAGCCAAAGUGCGUCUGCUCAGAAAAUGUCUGUUUGUCUGCAUCGUUUUCUUGCUGACGAAAGAGGACAGAGACCCUUUGUAAUUUUUUUGGCGCUAAGAUGGCCGAGCGGGAUGAUGGGAAUUGGACCGGAACGCACGUGCUCCCUGGGGACGAAUUGUGAUCAUAUGUGGUGUAACUGGAUGCAACAUACUUGCGAAGUGCCGUUCCACGUGUGCACUAGAGGCGCUAGCGUCUUGGAAUUUACCUGGAGGAAAAUAUAUACUUGUUGUUUUCAGUUGAAGUGUUGAAGCUCUGGUCGAAAGCAAAAUGCAGGGUAGCUCACCAUCGUCAUGGUCUGGAAGUCGGACAGGAGAGGAUAGAACGGCCAGCUUCGACAACAACAGCAGUUAUUCAGCGUCAAAACUGCAAAACUAUUCAAGACCUCGACGAGAAGAAUUCAAGGCUUACGUAAAGAAUGUUCCUAUAGAUAUGACUAAGGAGAGUCUUGAAGCAUUUUUCAGAAGUUGUGGGAAUGUAAUAUCAACUCAUAUCGUGGAUCCCAAAGAGGGAAGGAACAGUACUAUUGGUUUUGUGGGAUUUUCAUCAGAAGAAGAGGUCAACAAUGCAAUAGAGAGAAUGAAUGGUACUAUGUUAGGAGACAACCAGCUAACAGUGCAAAGAGCAAUUCAACGAGACAGGGGUACUGGAACAUCCAGGAGAGGUCAAGAUGAUCUGUAUCAGAGGAAAGCAGAUUUUCAAUAUUCUACUGGUUAUAAAAAUGGUCAGACACCAUUUCAAGGUCACAGAACAGAACAACAUGAACAAGCUGUCGGAAGGGGGGCAGAUUUUGUUCAGCGCAAUAAUUAUAUUCAGCAACCUGCUGCAAUGCCCAACUGGCAUAACAACAUGGGUGGGAAAGUUGAACAAGCUGUGUUUAAUCCCAGAGGACCUGGUCGGGGGAUUCCUUUGCAGACACAUAGUCCCAGUCCUACACCAGGGAGAGACAGCAAUUACAUGAAUGGGGUAGCUAAUGGCUACUCAAGUAAUGCUCAAGGUCAGGUGAACUCAGCUUCAUGGACAAAUCAAGGACCCCAGCAGUGGCAUCAGUCUGGUCCUGUUGAUAAUCAGAGUGGACAGUUUACACACAGUACUAUGCCUCAAGACCCAUACACCCAAAUGGAUCAACAGGGACAAUUUCAAAAUGGUACAGUACUUUUGUACAUGGUGUGGUGUGAGAUGAAUCCAGCUUCAUUUACAAAUCAGAUGUCACAACAGUGGGAUCAGGCUAGUCCUGCUGAUAAUCAGCACUCCAUUAUGACUGGCCGGCUACCAUACAAUACCACAACUCAAGAACCAUACACCCAAACAAAUCAACAUGCACAAAAUGUUUCAGGAGACCAAGGCUGUUUUAAAUGUGGAGAGACUGGUCAUUUUGCAAGGGAAUGCCCAUCACAGGGACCUGAGAAGAGAAUGGCUCCAGUGACAUACAUUCCACCAGAACUUCCAGAUGAUAUAGAUGAACUUUUUAAGGAUGCACCUCACAGUGGUUUGAAUUUUGACAAGUAUGAUGACAUUCCGUAUAUUGUAUUUUCAUUUCAGGUUGCAUUUUUAGUUCCAGUGUUAACAUCUAUGGUUAAACAAGGUCACCUUAGUGGUGGCUUCUUAUCUGGUGAUACGCAAACUCCUUCAGCACUUUGCAUUGCACCAACUCGUGAGCUUGCUGUGCAGAUUCACAGAGAAUUUUGCAAGUUCUCUAAUGAAACUGUAAUAACUGCAGCAGUAUGUUAUGGUGGAGUUAGUGUGCAGCACCAGUUGGAUAGGCUAAGAAGGGGAUGCCAUGUUUUGGUCGCUACACCUGGACGCUUGGAUGACUUUGUUACUAGAAAUAAGGUUAGCCUGUCCAAUGUGCGCUACCUGAUCUUGGAUGAGGCAGACCGAAUGUUAGACAUGGGAUUUGAGUCUCAAGUGCGAAAAUUAGUGGAAAGAUGUGGAAUGCCUGAUAAAGCAAAUAGACAGACAUUAAUGUUUAGUGCCACGUUCCCGGAUGAGAUUCAACGUUUGGCAGCAGACUUCUUGAAGGAGGAUUACCUUUUUGUUGCUGUUGGUCGUAUUGGUGGAUCUAAUCUAGAUAUUUCCCAGACGGUAAUUUCUGUUCCUGGCGAUGACAAGCAGCAGAAGCUUUUUGACAUUCUGCUUCAGUCAGGCACAGACCGCACUCUGAUAUUUGUAGAGUUAAAACGCGUAGCAGACUUCUUGGCAUGCCUUUUGUCACAAAACAACUUUCCAACUACAAGUAUUAGCGGGGACAGAACGCAACAGGAGCGUGAAGCUGCACUGCGGGACUUCAGGAGUGGUCGAGCACCUGUACUUGUGGCAACAUCUGUGGCGGCACGAGGUCUAGACAUCCCGGAUGUGAAGCAUGUGAUCAACUUUGACCUUCCUCAGGACAUAGAGGAAUAUGUGCAUCGCAUUGGUCGCACUGGUCGAAUUGGCAACAAGGGAACAGCUACUUCUUUUUUUCAACCGGGAAAAGAUGAAAGGCUUGCACGCAGUUUAGUUAAAGUGUUGUCUGAGGCAUACCAGGAAGUUCCUGAGUGGCUAGAACAAGUAGCAGAAGAAGCAAUUGGAUCAUCAUAUGGCCCUGCCGGUGGCAAAUUUGCAUCCAAAGACAGGAGAGAGAGGGAACACUUUAGAGCAAGUGGGUCCGCAGAUGUCAUGGGACCUGUCAACAGAGGCAUGGCGCGACUUGAUGUUAAUGCAGCUCGUAACCAGCCUCAUCCCGGCCAGAACAACUCGAACAACGAGGACGAAGAGGAAUGGGACUAACUAAGACUCUUGCUAAUAUCAAAAUACUGAAAAUCGCCUGAAUGGAUCCUGGCGUGUUUUGUUAUUGUUUUAUUACAAAUGCGAGAAGUACUCGAUUGUUGCUAUUGUUUUAUUAGCUUCAAUUUUUCUUUGGGCGCUUGAGAAAGAUCGUUACGUUAUGUUAUGUUGUAGUAAAGUUUUAUGGUAAAGAAGUUGUGCAAUGUUAGAGGGAUUUUUCAACAUGUGUUUAUAAUGUUUCCAAAUAAUAAAAUGUGCGACUAAUCCAA